CAGUCGGACUGAAAUGAAGAAAAUCAGAAACCCUAGCAAUGGCGAACACAAGCCAAAGCCGAAAGUUGUGGUGAUUAUGGGACCCACAGGUUCAGGAAAGUCGCGAUUGGCCAUAGAUUUGGGCUCUCAUUUCCCGGUCGAGGUCAUCAACGCCGAUUCCAUGCAGGUAUACCGGGGCUUGGAUGUUCUCACCAACAAGGUUCCUCUCGACGAACAAAAAGGAAUUCUUCAUCAUCUUUUGGGGGCAAUGAGCCCUAAUGUGGAAUUCACGGCUAAAGAAUUUCGGGAUUCUGCUAUUCCUAAUGCGGAUUUCCAGCUUAUUGAUGACAUCCUGUCUCGUAACUGCUUGCCGGUCAUAGUUGGGGGUACAAACUACUAUAUUCAGGCUCUUAUAAGUCCAUUCCUUUUAGAUGACACGGUGGAAGAUAUGGACGAUAAUUGCUCUAGCAUCUCUCCAGGAGAUGCAGAAUUAUGUUGUAAGAUGGACGAUGAUCGGAGGAGUGAUAGCUACAACCAUCUUAAAAGCAUUGAUCCAAUUGCAGCAAAUAGAAUCCAUCCAAACAAUCAUAGAAAGAUUAAUCAAUACCUAAGCUUGUAUGCUCGUUCUGGCAUUCUCCCUAGUGAACUUCUUCAGGGGAAGGCUGUAGAGAACUGGGGUAAAGUUGACAAUUUCAGAUACAAUUGUUGUUUCAUAUGUAUGGAUGCAUCUCUCCCUGUGUUGGAUCAAUAUGUGGAACAAAGAGUCGAUUGCAUGGUAGAUGCUGGAUUGCUUAAUGAAGUCUAUGAUAUUUUCAAUGUUGGUACGGACUAUACUCAAGGUUUGUUGCAAGCUAUUGGUGUUCGGGAAUUUCAGAAGUUUUUGAGAGAUUACAUUGCCAAAGACGGUUGUAAUCAUGAAAUUCAUUCAACUGAUGCCUCCGUCACCCUGAAGUCGGUGGACACGGGUGAUAAUAUUUUGAAGGAGAAUAUGAGGGUGAUGCUUAAGUCCCCUUAUGAUUGCAAGCCCAAGAUUUUAUUAAAAGAAGCAAUCGACAAAGUCAAACUUAAUACUCGAAGACUCAUUCGUCGUCAGAGAAGGAGGAUUAUUCGGCUGCAGAAAUUGUUUGGAUGGGACAUACAUUUCAUGGAUGCAACAGAGUCCAUAUUGAGCAAAUCAGAUGAUAUAUGGGCAGAACAGGUGGUUGAACCCGCUACGAAAAUUGUAAGAUCUUUCCUUGAUCAGGAAGUUAGUUCAAUGCCUGGUAAGGAGGCUCCAAAUGACACCAGAACAAAACUGCUGGAAAGGGGAUUGUGGACUCAGUACAUUUGCAAGGCUUGUGGGGAUAGAGUUCUUAGAGGAGCACACGAGUGGGAACAGCACAAACAGGGCCGUAGUCAUCGCAGACGAAUUUUGAAACUACGAAAGUCUCAAGGACUUUCCUCAACUGAACAGCUGCAACAGCCGGAACAGAAUUAGAGAUCGACUUGCAAACGAGUCCCUCGGCCUCAUAGACCGGAGCAAGGAAAGAAAAAAGAUAAGAAUUCUGAGCAAGGAAAGAAAAAAGAUAAGAAUUCUACUUUGCACCGGCCAUGGUAGACUUGACUAGAGGGGGAAGGAGAGGGGUUAGGGGUAUUUUUGACUUUUUAAUAAUGUUGAAAACUUGAGAUAUCAAAUUAUGCUAUAGUUUAUCUAUUUAAAAAAAUUAUGCUAUAAUUUAUCAAGUACGUUAUGAGGUAUGUUUAUUUCACUCAUUCUCCCUUUGUAUAAUAUUAACAAAGGUGAUUUUACACACCCUUAUUGACU